ACAAUCGGAAGGAUAUUUGACGAACACAGGAAGUGUAGUAGAGGUCGCAUCCAUUCAAGUAGCUACGCAUGGGGAUUUGAGUCGGCUGUUUACACUUGAAACCAUAGCCUAUAAACAGCAGUAUGCGAUGAGGACAAAUAAGGCAAGUCAGUAAGAUGUUAGCGUUAUUAUUUAUUUAUAUAUGACCGGAUGUUGUAUUAGAAAAUAGCAUCAAUUGUUAUUUAUUUUAUAAUAUUCCAUUUUUGGCAUCAAGUCUUCAGCUACUGACAGAUGCCCAUCAUACUCACAGUGUAGCCUGGACUGUCAUCAAAUGAGUUUGUUGCACAGAUCAAAUGAGUUUGCCUGCAGGUUUGUGCUUAUAAAAGGUGUUCAAACUACUACAGAGUCUGGUUGCACAGGGGCUGUGCACACAUCAGCAUCAUGCCCCUUUCAGACUUUCUGGAUGGCCUGAAGGACAACCCUUACUUUGGGGCUGGGUUCGGACUGGUGGGGAUUGGGACAGCUAUGGCAGUGGCCAGGAAGAGCGCCCAGGUUGGAAUGAUCUUCUUCCGAAGGAACUACAUGAUCACUCUGGAGGUCCCCAGCAGGGAUAAGAGCUACCACUGGCUGCUGAGCUGGAUCACAAAGCACGCCAGACACACCCAGCACCUGAGCGUCGAGACCUCCUACCUGGCACAUGAGAGUGGACGGGUUCACACGCAGUUUGACUUCCACCCGAGCCCUGGAAACCACAUCAUCUGGUACGGCAGGAAGUGGAUCAGGGUGGAGAGGACCAGGGAGAAGCAAAUGGUGGAUCUGCACACCGGCACCCCGUGGGAGUCUGUAACCUUCACUGCUUUAGGCAGGGACAGACAAAUCUUCUUUAACAUCCUACAAGAAGCAAGGGAAUUGGCUCUGAAGCAGGAAGAGGGGCGGACCGUGAUGUACACAGCCAUGGGCGCCGAGUGGAGGCCAUUUGGGUUUCCACGGCGACGCCGACCCCUCAGCUCUGUGGUGCUGGAGGAGGGCGUGGCCGAACGGAUCGUAGACGAUGUGAAGGAGUUCAUCGGAAACCCCAAGUGGUACACAGACAGAGGCAUCCCCUACAGAAGAGGAUAUCUGCUGUAUGGCCCCCCAGGCUGUGGAAAGAGCAGCUUUAUCACGGCACUGGCUGGAGAGCUGGGCUACAGCAUCUGUCUGAUGAGCCUGAGUGACCGCAGCCUCUCGGACGACCGUCUGAACCACCUGCUGAGCGUGGCCCCGCAGCAGAGCAUCAUCCUGCUGGAGGACGUAGACGCAGCCUUCGUCAGCCGAGACCUGCUGCCCACAGAGAACCCUUCGGCCUACCAGGGGAUGGGCCGACUGACCUUCAGCGGCCUGCUCAACUCUCUGGACGGAGUGGCUUCCUCUGAGGCCAGAAUCGUUUUCAUGACCACCAAUUUCAUUGACAGGUUAGACCCGGCGCUGAUUCGGCCCGGCCGUGUGGAUCUGAAGCAGUACAUCGGCAACUGCACGCACCGGCAGCUCACACAGAUGUUCUGGAGGUUCUACCCGGGCCAGCCUGCCUCUGAAGCGGACCGCUUCGCAGAGCAAGCGCUGGCAGUCCACUCUGAGAUCAGCGCCGCUCAGGUGCAGGGACACUUUUUGCUGCACAAAAUGGACCCCGCAGGAUCUAUAGACAAUGUUGCCCAGAUGAAAUAAUGACAGCGGCCCGGAAGGUGUUUGGAGAGUGAUUACUGAAUAAAGAGAAAUGUGAGAAACACUGUUUUUACAUUUUUAGUUUAUGGAAUUUAAAGAAAGUGUCUGUGAUUUAUACCAAAUAUAUUAGUUUUCAGUGCAUUCCAUCAUAUGAAAGGCACAGACCUUCCCUACAGCUCAACAGGAAGUAAAGUUUUAAGAACUUUCUUCAUCUGAAAAAAUGCAAGAGCAGUUAAUCUCUCCUCAUCUUGCAACCAGCAGACCAUGACUCAGCAUGUUGGCACGCGUGGUUUAAAGGCACAGUACGUAAUCCACAGCACUCAACACGUGUCCCAUUCAUUACCAGGCGUUUAUCACACAGGCCAACGUGUGAUGGCAACUAACUCUAAACCCGUCCACACGAUUCCGUUGCGUUGACGCUUGACGCACCUUUCCAUUCACUUUGAAUGGGGUGACGUCAAGCGUUGCCAAACUGCAUUGUGGUUCCGUUGCUUCGCUUUGGCUGCGUUGCUCGCUGUGAAAGUUGAGAAAAGUUCAACUUUUCAAGCGUUGACGGAAGCGCCAGCCAAUCAAACUGCGCUUAUGUGUGUCCGGGGCGGGGGAUUAAUGUGAUUGGUUGUUGGUCGCGUUAACCCCAAACGCCAGACACGCCCACCAGCAAGCGUCAACGCAGUGGAACCGUGUGAUCGCUGCGUUAGCUGUUCUUCUCUGACGCUAUUCAUGGUUUGUGUGAUCAGUGAACAUAAUUAAGUGCUUAUGCAAGGGUGUCCAAACUAAGGCCCGGGGGCCAAAUGCGGUACGCAGACCAUUUUGAAUCGGCCCUCUGCAAAUUCUAAAAGUAUAAUGCAAUAUGGCCCAUACAUAAACUGUUGCUUGUCUUAUAUUGUACUUCUCAACUAUAUAUGUUAAAAUAUAUUAAUGAGCCCAAUUUCAAAUAAAUUUAGUCAUUUAGAAUUUAAAACAUUUUCUAACAAAUCUAGUUGAUAAUAAAAAAAAGCCCCAAAAAUGUAUUUCCAUAACAAGCUUGAAAUGUAACCUUCAUAUUUACUCUUAUUAUCAGCAAUCUGAGGCUUCUGUUUUAAGGAAUAAGCUGCCAACAAAAUAAAUGAAACCCUCAAGAGUGA